UUUUUCAACAAGCCUAGUUCGCAUUGGCUAUUUGCGAGAAAUCGCGCCAACUGCUGAAAUUUUUUAGAUUUAACUUUUUGUGAUAGUUAUAAUUUAGAUAAGAUUUUAUUUGUGUAAUUGUUAAAGUUUUCUAUUAAAGUUUGAAAUAAACCAUAAUAUUCUAACGCUAUUCAUAGCAGUGAUCGUGAGAAAUAUUGGACUCUACAACUCUCAUCUCAAUCAAAAUAAAUUCAACAAUACGCAACGACUUUUUGAUUUUGGUUAACUUUAAGUGUUAAAACAACUGAAACAAAAUAUAACAAUUUUUAAAGCUAAGUUCAAUAUGGAGGAAGGUGAUUUCGAUCAACGUUUGAGAGACUUACAAAGGGAGUACCUCGAAUUUCUUGACGAUGGUGAAGAUCAAGAAAUUUAUAUGGAAAAAGUGAAACAGAUGAUAGAAGAUAAAUCAAAGCGCCUCUUAGUCAGCAUCAAUGACUUAAGGCGUAAAAGUCCUGAACGUGCCAAGAAUUUACUAGAGAAUGCCUUUGAAGAACAGAUAGCAUUCCAAAAGGCUUUAAAAGAAUAUGUGUCUUCGAUAGACCCUACAUAUGCUAAAAUUCAAGAGGAGUUUUUUGUGGCAUUCUCAGGAAGUUUUGGUAACAAACAUGUUACACCCCGAAGUUUGACAUCUAGGUACCUCGGAAAUCUAAUCUGUGUGGAAGGCAUAGUGACUAGAGUAUCAUUGGUUCGUCCUAAGGUGGUCAGAAGUGUACAUUAUUGUCCAGUUACCAAAAAAGUGAUGGAAAGGAAAUAUACCGAUCUAACUUCAUUUGAAGCAUUUCCCACCUCUGCUGUAUACCCUACUAAGGAUGAUGAAGGCAAUCCUCUAGAAACUGAAUAUGGACUUUCGCGGUACAAAGAUCAUCAGACCCUUACCGUUCAAGAGAUGCCCGAACGGGCACCAGCUGGGCAACUGCCAAGAAGUGUAGAUAUUAUAUGUGAUGAUGAUCUAGUAGACAAAUGUAAACCAGGAGACCGGGUGCAGAUUGUAGGGAACUAUAGAUGCCUGCCCAAUAAGCAGGGAAGCUUUACUGCUGGAACAUUCAGAACAAUCCUUAUAGCUAACAAUAUAACACAAAUCAACAAGAAUAUGAACAUGUCAAUAAACAGGGAAGAUGUUAAGAUCUGUAAAAGACUCGCAAAGAGAAAGAAUGUUGAUAUGUUUGAACUUAUGAGCAAAUCUUUAGCUCCGUCAAUCCAUGGUCAUGAUUAUAUCAAGAAAGCUAUUUUGUGCUUAUUGCUUGGAGGCAUGGAGAAGGUACUGCCAAAUGGUACAAGAUUGCGAGGAGACAUCAACGUUCUGCUAAUCGGCGACCCAUCAGUGGCGAAGUCCCAGCUGCUCCGCUACGUGGUGCAGACCGCGCCGCGCGCCAUCACCACCACCGGCCGCGGCUCGUCCGGCGUCGGGCUCACGGCUGCCGUCACCACGGACCCGGAGACAGGCGACCGGAGGCUGGAAGCGGGCGCGAUGGUGCUGGCGGACCGCGGCGUGGUGUGCAUCGACGAGUUCGACAAGAUGUCGGACAUCGACCGCACCGCCAUCCACGAGGUCAUGGAGCAGGGCCGCGUCACCAUCGCCAAGGCCGGCGUGCACGCCUCGCUCAACGCGCGCUGCUCCGUGCUGGCCGCCGCCAACCCCGUGCUCGGCAGGUAUGAUCAGUACAAAACGCCCAUGGAGAACAUCGGCCUGCAAGACUCGUUGUUGUCGCGUUUCGACUUGCUAUUUGUGAUGCUGGACAUCGCCGACGCCGACCAAGAUAAUAUGAUCUCUGAACACGUUCUUAGGAUGCACAGAUAUAGAAAUCCAAAGGAACAAGACGGAGAAGUAUUACCGAUGGGAUCACUAGUCGAAAUGCUUUCCACCGAGAACCCUGACAAUGAUGAAGUUGAUGAUACAGCCGAAUCCAUUUACGAGAAAUACGAUCCUCUGCUCCACGGCAACACUCGCAGCAAGAAAGAUCAGAUCUUUAGCACCAAGUUCAUGCGGAAGUACAUAGACCUGGCUCGACUCAUGAAGCCGAAACUGAGUCAGGAGGCGUGUGACGUCAUCGCCGAUGAGUACGCCCGGCUGAGGAACCAGGACAUGAUGGAUAGCGACAUGGCAAGAACGCAACCGGUGACCGCCCGCACGCUGGAGACGCUCAUCCGGCUGUCGACUGCGCACGCCAAGUGCCGCCUCAGCUUCCAAGUCACGCACGACGACGCGUUGGCUGCCAUACAGCUAGUGCAGUUUGCUUACUUUAAGAAGGUGUUAACAAAGGAGAAAGGUCGCAAGCGCCGGGCAUCCACUGAGAACGAGGACGCAGCCUCUGACACCGAGCCUGCCCAACCGCGACCCAAGCGCACUAGGAAAACUCAAGAAGGUCAAGAUCCAUACGAGUUUUCGUCGGAUGAAGAAAUGGAGCCGGUGCUACGGGCAGCGAGGUCUUCUCAACCAGAACCGGAGCCGCACACAUCCAGUUCCAAGAAGACUAUUCUACCUGCCAGGCUAGCCCAGUUCAAGUCAGCCCUACACGAGCUGUUCAAGUCGGAGCGCGCUAACUCGCUUCCCCUCAGUCGCAUUACGAAACAUCUCGACGAGAAAUACUCCCACGAGAUCUUCGACUCGGCCGAGGUCCAAGCGGCAUUGGAUUCCAUGACCAGUGACAACCAAGUUAUGAUGGCCGAUGACAUGGUUUUCUUAAUAUAGAAGGAAGUACAUGCUAAAUUACAACACGUCUUACUGUGUUGAUGAUCAUUGAUGAUCAUUUCCAGUGCUUGAAUCUGAAUCAUGUUAAAUGAUAUUGUUAAGACAUAAAGAUGCCUUGCUCAGUGCCUUGAUUAUAUUUGAAUCUACCAAUAAUCACAUGUUCAAACUAUGUUUAAGUUCAAUUAAAUGAUUUGAUACAUA